CAGGCUGGAGUGCAGUGGUGCAAUCUCGGCUCACUACAAGCUCCGCCUCCCGGGUUCAUGCCACUCUCCUGCCUCAGCCUCCCGAGUAGCUGGGACGGUCAGUCUGGUCUCGAACUCCUGGCCUCAAGUGAUCCACCUGCCUCGGCCUCCCAAAAUGCU